AUGGAUUUACCAUUAAACACCAGUGGAAUCAACGCGUCUCUUCUCCUCUUACCGGAUUCAACAUCCUCGGGAGUCGGUCAGUAUUCCUUGCCUGCUAUAGCGAGCCUGGCAGCAUUAGUAAGUUUCCUCAUUAUAUUUACCAUUGUUGGGAACGUCUUGGUUGUAAUCGCAGUACUUACUAGCAGGGCUCUCAAAGCUCCACAGAAUCUUUUCCUGGUGUCUUUGGCUACCGCAGACAUCCUGGUUGCUACACUUGUUAUGCCAUUUUCACUGGCUAAUGAACUUAUGGGCUACUGGUUUUUUGGAAGUGCCUGGUGCAAUGUUUACUUAGCUUUGGAUGUUUUGUUUUGUACUUCGUCAAUAGUGCACCUGUGUGCAAUAAGCUUAGACCGAUACUGGUCGGUGACCCAAGCUGUUGAAUACAACCUCAAAAGGACCCCUAAAAGACUCAAAUGUAUAAUAGUAGUAGUAUGGUUGAUUUCUGCUGUAAUAUCUUUCCCACCUUUAAUCUCUAUGGACAGAGACUCUGAAGAUGACGUUUACCCUCAGUGUAAGCUGAAUGACGAGACAUGGUACAUUCUGUCAUCUUGCAUAGGUUCUUUUUUUGCUCCUUGUGUUAUUAUGAUAUUGGUGUACAUAAGAAUAUACCAAGUAGCAAAACACAGAACAAGGACUAUAUCUGAGAAAAAACAAGGGACAAACGGCUCUUCUCAAGCUGACAAAGGACUGCACAGAGGAGCCUCACUUAAAGCCAAUGGGGAAAAAGAAGAUGGACAUUGCCCAGCUCAGCCCAAGGAGACCAAACCCCAGGAGAUAGAUGACAUAGACUUAGAGGAGAGCAGCUCGUCCGAUGGAAAAGGUAAAAGGGGUCAGGACACAAACUCCAAGAAGGACAGAAGAAGCAGGAGGAAAAACAGUUCUUUGUCCAAGCAAUCUAGUCGCAUUUCUAGGUCUAGCAACAGGUCUACAGAUUUGUUUACUUCAAGGCGAAAAAGAAGAAGCACAGUUUGCAGGAAGAAAAUCUCCCAAGCCAGAGAAAAAAGGUUCACCUUUGUCCUGGCAGUUGUAAUGGGCGUGUUUGUUGUCUGCUGGUUUCCUUUCUUUUUCAGUUACAGCUUGUAUGGCAUUUGCAGAGAAGCCUGUGAAGCUCCAGAAAUUUUAUUCAAAUUUUUCUUUUGGAUUGGUUACUGUAAUAGCUCUUUAAACCCUGUCAUUUAUACCAUUUUUAACCAGGAUUUCAGAAGAGCCUUUAAAAAAAUACUCUGCAAGAGGUGGAAAAAAUCAUUUUAA